UUGCUUGUGUUCACGGACAAUAAGGAAAAAGAAAGAAAAAAAAUGACAGAAAAACAAGAGGAUUUUCUAAAAUCAUCUGAGGAGGUCAAACAUGAUUCUGAUAGUGAGGAGGUGUCUGAAGAGGAAAAUCAUGACAUGUCUGAUGAUGUGAUGGAACCAGAAGAGAAACAGCAGAAGACGAUAGAAGAGGAGAGUCAUACUGAAGAGCAAUCUUCAGUAAAGAAAUUUUUCUGGAGGAGGAUAUUACCAGGUGCUGCAUUAGGAGUGACUGCAGUUUGUGCAGCACCACUGGCUCUUGCUGCAGUUGGGUUCGGUGCUGGUGGCAUUGUUGGUGGUUCUUUAGCAGCUGGCAUGAUGUCGUCUGCUGCAAUUGCAAAUGGUGGAAGCGUUGCAGCUGGAGGUGUUGUGGCAGUACUACAGUCUGCAGGUGCUGCGGGAAUAGGUGCUGCUGCUAAUGCAGGUAUUUUUACUGUCGUGACAGGAACAACUGCAUUAGUAACAGAGGCAGGAAGUCAAAUCAAAGAUUUAGUUGAUGAAAAGAAAGAUGAAGUGAAACCUUGCAGUAAUCGUCAAACUAUGUAAAAUCCUUGCCAAUUGAAAACUGUUUUUGUAAAAAGACAGUUUGAUCAGAAUUAUGUGUUCUUGCUUUUUGUAGUGUUUACAAGUUCUAUUUUUACUGGACUUUUCAAACUUGGAUGAAUAAGAAUUAAAUGAAAAGCUAGACAAUGACAUUGAUAAUUGAAAAAUAAGCAUUGAAUAUACAUAAUGAUUAUAAGAACAUAUUGAAAUAAUUGUGUUCAAUCACCAUGUAUUUUCGGAAAUCAUCAAUUGGUAGUUUCACUUUUAUUUAUUUCCUUUUGUAUUUAAUGCAUUGUUCAUUAUUCUUGGCAAUUAUGUAGUUUAAGCUCCAUAUCUCCAGAUGAGCCAAAAUAUUUCAAGAACAUCAAAUGUUGAAGAUUUAUUAAAAGUAAAAAGAUUCUAGAAUCAAGCAUUAAUUUACAUGCAAUGUGCGACUAAUUACCGAAUUUAGGCCAGGUUGCUCAGGUGCAAAACUUUUCUUAAGAGUUUUCUCAGCAACUACUUACUACAGCCUCUUGAUAUUUGGUAUACAUCAUAAACAUGUAGCCUCAUACUGUCGGAUUCAAUUUCAGGUCUGUCGCUCAUCCACUUCUUGUUUACUGACUUAGUUAAAUUUUCAACAUUAAUGGUCAAUGGUAGGAAAUUUUUCGUAACAUUGAUUUUUUUCUCAGCAACUACUUAUCACAGUCCCUUGAUAUUUGGCAUACAGCAUUGACACAUAGUCCCUCCUUUUGGUCGUUUGCAAUGUGUAAAUAACAUUCUUAGUUCACUUCACAAUAUUUUACUUUUAAAUACAUUUUCAAAUAGCAUAAAUCUGGAGGUAUGCUGCAUUAAAAAUUGUAAAAUUGUUAUGGGAUAGGAUGACAAUUAUUGUGUAGGGUAGUUGUAGUUGUAAAUUUAAAUGUAUGUCAUUUGACAAUAUAUAACGUAAGUAUAUAUAAAGGUCACAGUAUGGAUGGGGUGAAAAAAGUUGUAUAUUUUUAAAGGUUAUUAAUUUAUUUCAAUUGGUGCUUAUAUUGUUAUACUGUUAAAAUUUGUUGAUUUUUUUUGUCACAAAAUGUAUCACAUUGUCAUUCAUGAAUUCUUUUUGUCACAUAAAAAUAUCAUAUUGCCGUGCAUGAAUUCUUUUUGUCACAUAAACUAUAUCACAUUGUCAUUCAUGAAUUCAUUUUGUCACAUAAAAAAUAUCAUAUUGCCAUGCAUGAAUUCUUUAUGUCACAUAAAAUAUAUCACAUUGUCAUACAUGGCAAUAAAACAAGGUAUCACAUGCAA